GGCCAAGACUUCCUUGAUAUUUGGACCGGAUUUCCAGAUGCAUAUAGCCAAAUAAUUCGCUCGGCGAUUUGUUUAGCCCAUAAAAAUACACGCACAUUGACUGCCAGAUACAAAUAGUUUUUCACAUUUUCCCACCGCACACAUGACCUCACCCACCCCACAGAACCCUAGUGCUCCCGAAUAAUUCAUAAUGCAUAGUUCAUAAAUCGGCCAAAUGUGCGAUUAAUGCGAUUGCGAUACGAAACCAUAAUCAAGGCGCGAGGUGAGUCAGUGAAUCACCAGUGAAUCGAAGUGAAUCGUUGAAUCGUAUCCAUCGACCGAUCGAUCGAUCGAUCGUCGCGACCACCUAUGAAGUAUGCAAUAUAAACUGUGCGCCGACAUAUGAAAAUAAAUAGAGAUGAUCGGUGCGGACCGGUACGGAUGAGCGGCACGGAUCGGAUCGGAUCGAACGGUCGAAACUCGAGAGAUAAACAGAGCGGCGGCAUGGGCAACAGCCAGGCACGGGCGUAAACAUGGCCAGUUGUGGAGAUGUGGAAAUCAGAGAUCAUAUUCAAUGUCUGGUCCAUAGCCAUAAACAAAAAUGCCCAGCCAUGUACAUAGUUAGUCGAGCAUAAAAAGCCAAGACAGCCCGUUGCUGGGUAUUUAUGGAACUCCUGGCAUUCGUACUAGAUCAAAAGCAAUUUGUACAAGUUAAUUGCCCCAAAAACAAAAACAAAAAAAAACAGAACCAACCGUGGAAUAUGCUGGCGCAAUCGAAACAAUCAGGCCGAUCACCGAAGCCACUUUUCAUUGUAAACAAACAAACAGCGGCCAUUUCGAAAGGAUCAUAAAAUAGCUGAAAACGAUGACAUGGGCUGCGUGGAGAUCCUGGCCACAGUGGUGUCCGUGCUGAUCAUGGUGCUGACCUUCCCCAUCUCGGUGUUCAUCUGCUUCAAGGUGGUCUCCGAGUACGAGCGAGCGGUGAUCUUUCGGAUGGGGCGUCUGCGCAGCGGCGGAGCCCGUGGUCCCGGGGUCUUCUUUGUGCUGCCCUGCGUGGACGACUACUAUCCGGUGGAUCUGCGCACCGUCUCCUUUGACGUGCCGCCGCAGGAGGUGCUCUCCAAGGAUUCGGUCACUGUGACGGUGGACGCGGUGGUCUACUACCGCAUCAGCGAUCCCCUGAAGGCGGUCAUCCAGGUGUACAAUUACAGCCAUUCGACGAGUCUCCUGGCGGCCACCACGCUGCGCAAUGUGCUCGGCACCAGGAAUCUCUCCGAGCUGCUGACCGAACGCGAGACCAUCUCGCACACCAUGCAAAUGUCCCUGGACGAGGCCACCGAUCCCUGGGGCGUUAAGGUGGAGCGCGUGGAGAUCAAGGACGUAUCCUUGCCAACUGCCCUCCAGCGGGCGAUGGCCGCCGAGGCGGAGGCAGCGAGGGAGGCGCGGGCCAAGGUCAUUGCCGCCGAGGGCGAGAUGAAAUCGUCGAGGGCUCUCCGCGAGGCCUCCGAGAUCAUCUCGGCCAGUCCAUCCGCCCUGCAGUUGCGAUACCUGCAAACACUGAGCAGCAUUUCAACCGAGAAGAACUCGACCAUCAUCUUCCCGCUGCCCAUGGAGCUGCUCACGCCCUUCCUGAACACCCACGCACACUCGCAGCAGCUGCAACUGCAACACCAGCAGCAGCUCCAACAGCAGCAGCAUCAGCAACAACAACUUCCAGCAGCCCCUGGCACGCCACUCCAUCGGCACCAGCACCAACACCACCAGUGA